GCUGCCCGACUCGGUUCAGCGCCUGCUCUAACUCCUGCUGAACCUACUACGGUCGGAGUGAUAGGAGGAGUACCAAGCGCGUGUAGCCACCGGAGAAAAAAAUAGAGCGACGCGACCUAAAAUAAUUGAAAAAUUGACCCUUCCAUUCGGUGCGGAAACUAAAGUGUUAACAUUUUCGCAACCGGUCGAUUAAACAAAAUUAAUAAAAUAAGGGAAAAGUUUAAUUAAAAAAGCGCAAUAAAAAAAAAAAGAUGAAUGAAAGAAAUUAAACCGUAAUAGUGCUUCUGGAAAAUAAAAGAAUACAGAAAUAAAAACAAAUCGAGUGAAAUUAUGUUUUGGUUUUUGAAUGAAUGAAUUCAGUGCGUCAUGGACACAGUUGGAGGAUGAGGGAGCCAAUCGGAAAUAAGAAACAAACUAACGGGCCGAGAACGACAUAAGAUGGAAGACGAUGACUUAAAGGAUGGAUCCUCAUCAAAACCAAACUCGACAAGCCUGCCUCCGCAAAGUAUAUUGGAAGAUGUUUAAAAGAAAUAAUCAAAAUAUGUAACCCCAACUGAAAAAUAAUAUCAAAAACAAGAAGCCUUUAAAUCCACCAAGAAAUCAAUAUCUCGCAUGGAGGGAAACGAGACUGUAGUGAACAACACUACCAAUGACACGGUCAUCUUAAAUACAUUCUCGCCACAUUCGCCGUCGGAAUCUGCGAUUAUCACAAUCGUUUUAUCUAUAAUUAUUUUAGGUACGAUCCUUGGUAAUAUAUUGGUUUGUGUGGCAGUAUGUUUGGUGAGAAAAUUAAGAAGACCAUGUAACUAUCUCUUAGUUAGUUUGGCAGUGAGCGAUCUAUGCGUAGCAAUUUUCGUAAUGCCUAUGGCGAUGAUUACCGAGAUGAAAGGAACGUGGAUCUUCGGUAGUAUCACGUGUAACGUGUGGGUCAGCUGUGACGUGUUAAGCUGUACCGCAUCCAUUUUAAAUCUAUGCAUGAUCAGUGUUGAUCGAUACAACGCAAUCACAAAACCCCUAGAAUACGGGGUUAAAAGAACGCCGCGUAGGAUGAUCUUUUACGUUUUCUUAGUGUGGUUAGGUUCUGCUUGCAUCUCGUUAACGCCACUCUUCAUUUUUGGCAACGUUUACGAAAGUAAACCAGACGGCAGUGUUAGUUGUAUUGUGUGCCAGAAGAUCGGAUACCAGAUCUACGCGACCAUGUGCAGCUUCUACAUACCGCUUGCUGUGAUGAUACUAGUCUACUACAAGAUUUUUCGCGCCGCUAGGAAAAUUGUGCUUGAGGAAAAACGAGCCCAAAGUCAUUUAGAUGCUCAGUGUUACAUCGAGAUUAGCGUUAAAAAUGGUGGAGGACCACCAGAAAAUAAAAUUUCAAAUCAAAGUCCAUCAAAUCCAGUAAGGACAAACCAUAGAAGUAGUUCAGCCAGUACGAAUACUAUGUGUAGUCUUGAUAAGGCAGCAUUGGGUCGAUGCUUCACAACGCGAAGAAGUAACGAAUCCCAGUGUCCAAUGCUUACCGGAAAACAACAAGUGCAAAAGCAAGCCAACAACAAACAAAAACAAGCAAAGAGUAGCUUGCUGACGACGAUGAAAACAUCACCCGGAGCAAAUAACAAUCAAAAGAAAUUACGCUUCCAGUUGGCGAAAGAAAGAAAAGCCAGCACGACUUUAGGGAUCAUUAUGAGCGCAUUUAUCGUCUGUUGGUUGCCGUUUUUUGUAUUGGCUCUCAUUAGACCACUGUAUGGCCCUCUCUAUAAAACGCCGUAUAUGGAGACUCUUGUUAGUAUUUUCUUAUGGUUGGGUUACGCCAACAGUCUCUUAAACCCCAUAAUUUACGCAACGCUAAAUCGAGAUUUCCGGAAACCAUUUCAAGAGAUCUUAUUCUUUAGAUGUGGCAGUUUAAAUCAUAUGAUGAGAGAGGAAUUUUACCAUAGUCAAUAUGGUGAUCCUGAUCUUCAUGUGACCACCAGAACUCAUCUGGCCGAUUACGAGGAGGGCGUUGAAUAUAUCGAGGCUGGUGGUGAAGAAACGAAAGUUGCCGAUAUUAAUGCAGCGCAUGAAUCGUUUCUAUGAGACCAAAUAAUUGUACCAAAAAGAAAAAGAAAUUCGUAGUGAUAGUAGGUUUUAAUCUAUAAGACAAGAUGAACACUUUAGAGUUUACUUUAGUUGUGCUACAGUUCGAUUCUUGCAAUUUAUUUUGCAUGCAGAUCUGGCAGUUUUAAUUCAGUCGUUUUUUUUAUAAUCUGUGAUAUGUUUUUAAGUUAUAUUAAUUUUUUAUGAUAAAGUACAGAGUUGUAUUGAUACUUUUUGUGUAAUUUAAGAUAACUCUGUAUAAAUUAAUUUUUAUUGUUGUAAUAAUCAUGACAAUUUCAUUUAUCAUUUUAAAAUAAAAUUAAAAUAUUGUUAAGAUAGAGAUCUGCAUGUAUAAUUUUGCAAAUAAUACUGUAUGUACAACCAUCCUGUUCCUAAAAGAAACCUCAAACUGAGUCAGGCUCCACCGUUUUUAAUCGGACUUAUGAAUUUUGUUUAUUAAUUAUAACUCUUCCAGAAUUAAUUAAUAUGUUGAAGCACUUCCAUUUGAUUGUAAAUUUAUGAAGAAAUAACUUUUAAAAUUUGUUAAAAAACUGAGUUUGUUGUUUUGGUUUUGUUUACUCUAUAAACCAAGAGGUAUACUGACCUUAAAAACUCAGUAUAUUAUGUGUAUUUACGUAACGACAAUGCUAUAGAUAAUUAUAAGUAACUAAAACAAUAUGUAAAUAUAAAGAAAAAGAGAGGAAAAUGAAGUGAUCUCAUUGCUACCAAUUGCAUGUCGAUAACGUUCUUAUUUUAAGCUAUUAUUGUUUCUGUUAUUUAUUGUUUCAUUAUAUCUCAUCAUUGUUAUCUGUUCUAUGUACAUAAUCGUAGUCGCACUCACUGUUUUUCAUUUUAGCUAAAAUAUAUGUUGUCUUUUUCAUUGUAUUUUUUUACAAAAUAUAUUUUCUUUACGAAACUUUUCCCGA